UUUCAGAAAAUUACUAAACCUGAGCGCCUCCCUUACGAAUUCAAUUUUGUAAAUUGUAAACUGGAACCUUCUAGAGCCCAGAUUUAUGCAACUGGGUAUGCGAAAGUCAAAGAAGUGCCGAAUAUCGAGCCAAAGAGAAGAACGGCAGCGAAUAAUAAUAACACAGUCAACGUUCUAAUUUUCGUGCUCGACUCUACAUCCAGGCUGAAUUUCAUCCGACAAUUGCCAAAGACAAGCAAGUUUAUCAAAGAGCGCGCCAAGGGCAUUGUAUUGGAAGGUCUUACAAAGGUGGGGGACAACACCUAUCCGAACAUGCUGGCCUUUCUCAGCGGCUACUCUGAUAGUGCAGGCGGUGCUGAUGAAUCCCAAGGACCGUUUAGGCAGGACGCAACAGGGCGAUUCCCAAUUACCUGGAAAUAUUUUUCCGAGCAAGGAUACGUGACCAUGUUCGCAGAAGAUCAACCUGAUGUCGACACCUUUAGCUUCAAAGAUCGUGGUUUUCACGUGCCUCCGACUGACUACGUGAUGAGGCCGUUUUGGCAAGCCAUGGAACAGUUCAUGACAGGCCGCAAUACCUUAGAUACGAGAUGCUAUGGACACCUUCCCAAGCAUAUGUUUCUCUUCAAUUACACAAGGGACUUCGCGGUGAAAAUGCAAAAGGAGGGCCGCGCAUUCUUCUCCCUCACUUUUUCAACUCCUUUAAGUCACGACUACAUCAACUCCGUGCAGGUAGCUGAUGACGAUUUGCUAAAAUUGUUGCAAGACCUUGAGAUGCACAACAUCUUCAACAACACCGUCGUGCUCAUCAUGGGAGACCAUGGCAACCGAUUCGGCGAUGCGAGACGCACUGCCAUCGGCAGGGUAGAGGAUCGAAUGCCGAAUCUAGCAAUCAUGAUUCCUCCUUCUCUGGAGCAUUUCCGGCGAGCUCUGGAGGCGAAUGCAAAAGUCCUGACGAGCUGGCAUGACGUACGAGAAACGCUGCUCGAUGUGGCCAUGAACAACCUCGAGACGGAAUCCAAAGUGCGUCGCCACGGUUUCAAGGGCUUGUCUCUCUUCAGGCCGAUUCCCAGCAACAGAACCUGCCUGGAAAUUGGGAUUCCUAUUGUCUACUGUGUUUGCUGGAUCGAAAAAGAGCUGAAUGUUCUUGAAACAAACACAAAAAUAGGUGCCUACCAAUUUGUAACCCUUUUAAACAACAUAUUGGAAAAAAGAGACAAGGAAAAGCUGUGUUCUCGUUUGAAGCUGAAAAAUAUCGAAGGAGCACAAAAACUGUUGCCGACUCAAGCCGUUGGACAGUUUGAUAAUAGUUCGAAAAUAUUAAGAAUCAUGAUUUCUGUUAAACCUUCGAACGCAAUACUGGAGGGAACUCUAGAAAUCAACAGCAACAAGGCUAGACUGCUUGGAGAUGUUAACAGGUUGGACGAAUACGGGAUACAGUCCAGAUGCAUCAAUGUUGCUUCCUUAAAACUGUUCUGCUUUUGCAAGAUGUACUAAUUGAUAACGCGUUAUCUUUCUCGCCAUAUUGGUUUGGUAGCUCCAGAAAGUAAGAAACGGAUUUACCUCUUUUGGUGGUGCUCAAGGAAUUCUUAUUAUUAUUUGACAAUCAUUCUUUAUGCAUAAAAUACACCAAUUAAAUUAGCCCAUUCCUCAGAUGUAAGAAAAAAAUUUCAUGUCUGUAGCUGAAAUCAAUUGUAUAUAUGUCUAUAAGAGGUAAAAGCUUGUGAUUAUAGUGGACAAUGAAGUCAUUCAGGGAUAGAGAUAUGAAUUUUAUCAUUUUUAUUAAUCUCUUCAUUAUUCAUUUUGUACGAAUAAUAUUCUCUUAUCUCGAGUGAACAAUGUCGACAUCAAGGAGUUUAUGGGGGAAUUUCCUUGCAAUUUCAGUGUCAGCUAUAAUUGCGAAGAACAAUAUGAUA